AUGGCGAAGGCGGGGUACGUGAAGCCGGAGCCCACCGGCAUGGCGGCGGGGCUCCACAAGGGGUUCAUCACCACCCGCAGGACCAUGAAGACGAAGCCAUCCUACCGCAUUGGCAGGAAGUCCCAGCGCGGAAGCCUGAUCAAGGAGGUGGUUCGCGAGGUGGCGGGCUUCGCGCCCUACGAGCGCCGCAUGAUCGAGUUGCUGCGGGUCGGCUCCGCGGCGACGCUCAAGCGCGCCCUGAAGGUCGCAAAGAAGCGCCUGGGCACGCACAAGCGCGGCAAGAAGAAGCGGGACGAGAUGGCCGAGGCGCUCGCGGCGCUGCGCAAGAAGGGCGCGUGA